UGGAAUUAAAGUUCUUGUUAAAACGUGAAAUAAAUAAGGCGAUCCGGUGGAUACUUCGAUUUUUAAUUUUUCAGUUUUUUCGAUAAAUGUGGUACUACUUGUCACAAGCUAUAUACAUACAUUGAAAAUGGCUAGAAAUAAGGAGGCUUGCAUGAUAAUACUUGAUAUAGGAGCAGACACUUCAAUUAAGAGCGGUAAAAAUGACCAAACAUUCUUUGAAAGAGCUAAACACUGUGUUUCGAAGAUAAUUCAAAGAAAGAUAUUUAGUAAACCUAAUGAUGAAGUAGGUCUAGUUUUGAUGGGUACUGAGCAGACCAAUAAUCAAUUAAAUAUCGAACAUGGAGGCUAUGGUAACAUUUCAGAAGCUUUCGAGCUUGCACCAAGUAACUGGCAGAUGCUCAGAAUUAUGGAUAAACAAAUCCCUCAUCCCUCGAAAGUCAAUGCGGAUUGGUUUGACGCCUUAGUAGUUGCGAUGAACUACUUGAAAAUCGGUGCACAAGCGAAAAAGUUUGCUUCGUUAAAAAUUAUACUUGUAUCUAAACUUUCAGUAUUUUCACAUAUAGAUCAAGAGCAGGUUGAGUCUGUCGCAAAAAAACUAACUGACAUGCCUUGUGAUUUAAAUAUCAUAAAUGACACCGUUGUACACCAUUCCGAAGCCAACAAUGAAGCGGAAGAUAAUGUAUUAUUUAAUACACAAGCUGUAUUCAGUGAACAUCAGAAAACCAACGAACAACGUUCUAACGAAAAACUUAUUGCUGAUAUUGUGUCCCAAUCAAACGGUGCUCUUUGUAAUAUUGAUUGUGCAGAACUGCUUUUGGUACAUUUUGAGAAAAAGGCAACAACUGCGAUUCCAUGGAAUAGCAUACUUUCAAUUGGAACUAAGAUACAAAUUAGCAUUUCCGCAUUCUUGAUGAUUACCGAGGAGAAGGGAUUGGGUUCAUUCAAAACAGAAAGUGUCGAUCCUAACGUUUCCGUGAAAUUGAAAACCGAUUAUUUCAAAAAUGAUAAACCCUAUGAGCCUGAAUACGAUAACUUAAUUAAAGGCUACAUGUAUGGGACCACCGUUGUGCCAUACGACAGUGAAAUGGAUAUGGAUUACAAGUCGGGUGAACAGAGAUUAUCUUGUUUGGGAUUCACUGCGGCGGAAAAUAUAUUAGAAGAGUAUUUAUGUGGAGAUGGAACAUACGUAGUAGUAUCCAAGGAUGAAUGCACAGCAUCUGAGGCAAAAUUAACUGCUUUAGUAAAAGCCAUGAUCGAACUGGAGGUAGUCAUGAUAGCUACUAGGGUAUAUAGACGUGAUACUCGCCCGAAAAUAAAUGUUUUGAUGCCAACUUACCGUAGAAGCUAUCCCUGCUUAAUAAUGCUGGAAUUAUGUUUUCAAGAGGAGCUUGCUCUAUUGAAAUUUCCACCUUUACUUUCCAAUAAAUACAAGCCCACGGAGGAGCAGUACAAUGCUGUCGACAAAUUAAUUGAUUCGAUGGAUCUGAUGGAUGCACUGGAGAAUGACGGAGAAAGUAAAGAAGGGUUUGCAUUGAACGAAACUUUGAAUCCUAUACACCAGCAUGUGUAUAGAUCAGUAGCACAUCGAGCACUGUAUCCUAAAGCUCCUCUCCCUGCUAUGGAUGAAGAACUUAAGGAGCUGAUAAGUGUUCCGCCAAAAAUACGUGACAGAUCAAAGGCUUAUUUAGAAGAAGUGAAACAUUUGUUCCCUCUAAAACAAAACCAAAAUAACGCACGCCUCAAGUGGUUACAGCGUGCUGCUAAAAUAAAUAUCCAAAGCGAUGCUUCGACUCAUAGUUCAUCACUGAUCGAUUUGGGCGAUGAAUUGGAUGAUCAAAGGACAAUUGUAGAAGUAGGUACCGUUACUCCAGCCGAAGAUUUUGCUUUACUGCUAAAACGUGGAGAGAAGCUUGCAACUUUAUGCACACAAAUUCAGAAUGUCAUAUCGGAUUUAGUAUUCAAAUCAAUGUCUAUUCAGCAAGAGAAAGUAGCUAUGGCUUUGAUGAUGUAUCGAGAAGAAGCAAAAAUUCUUGGUCCCUAUCGAUAUAAUAACUGGAUUGUAGAAUUCAAGAAGAGCUUGCUUGCUCGCAACAAACAUGCGUUUUGGGAACAGGUUAUAGUAAUGGAACGAUUCGGAUUGAUUGACUUUACCGAAAGCGAGGCGAGCACAGUAACUUCAGAAGAAGUCGAAGAGUUUUACAGUAUUCAAGUGGCAAGCAAAGCCAGUACUUCAGGCGACAAUGCAGAUUAUGUCGAUGCUGACGAACUUUUUGCGAACAUGUAGAAAUAAUCAUAAUAAAUGUUGAUUUUUUAGUUC